ACCUAUAUACCCUUUAAUGCGCCUCUUGCUUAACCUACGCCCCCUCCUCUCCUCUCUUCUUCUCUCUUCCUCUGACACAAACACUUUCUCUCACAGCAAGCACAAACACCCAAAAACACACACUAGUUUUACUUGCAACCAACGACUGAUGCAGUGAAAUUAAUGGAUCGCUUCUCUCCACUCAUACAUCUUUAUCGUCGUUGUCUGCAAGCUUAAUUGCGCUGUACUGCUUGCUUGCUACCUAUAUACCUAUUAUCUAUUGCCUUCUCUCUGAUCUACAUUUUACUGUACCACCCGUACUCUAUGUCAUUCCGACAUCGCAAAAUCUUUAGUUGCUCCGAUCGGUGUUCUUCCUCAUUGCUCUUCUUGCUCCGAACAGGUAUCGUUUAGAGAUCUUCUGUCUGUCGGUGUUAAUUUCCUUGGAUUUCUUUGAUUUUUCGGAAAUUUGGUUGGGGAAAAGAUGAAUCCGUUGUGCUGUAUUGCUCCGGUCUCGAUUGAGAAGGAUCGGACGAAUUCUCCGUCGUCUGUGGUGGUGAGAUCGCAGUCUGAGUGUCAGUUAGGGUUUGAGAGUUCCGUGAGGAGCGUGAGGCCGGCGAGUUUUUCGGCGCAGGUUUCGUCUGUUGGCACUGAAUCGGACAAUGUGAUUCAUGAAGUGGAGGAUAGUGAGAUUGAAGUGAGGGAAAAAGAUUCUUCUGUCUCGAAAUCGAUGGUUUUUUGUGGGAAUGGAGGUGGUGCUGUGGCUGGGAUCUUGUAUAAAUGGGUGAACUAUGGAAAGGGAUGGAGAUCGAGAUGGUUUACGUUGGAGGAUGGGGUGUUGUCUUACUACAAGACUCAUGGACCAGAUAAGAUCUUGCUCAGCCCGGGGAGGGAGAAAGUGAUUAAGGUCAUUGGAGAGGAGUCAAUUAGGUAUAUGAGGAAAUGCAGUAACGGCAGCAAUCACAAUCGGUUUUGUGCAAAACAGUGGAAACCAUAUGGGGAAAUACAUCUGAAGGUCUCUUCUGUAAGGGCAAGCAAGUCAGAUGACAAAAGACUAUCUAUAUUUUCUGGAACAAAAACUCUUCAUUUACGAUGCAUAUCUAGAGAGGACAGAGGUGCAUGGAUUGAGUCCCUUGUAGCUGCUAAAGAUAAAUUCCCUAGAUUAUUAUCUCCAGGGGAUCUUGCUCCUUCUGAAGACAUGGUUAUUUCAACAGAAAAGCUAAGAUCACGAUUAUCCCAGGAAGGCAUAGCAGAGGAAGUAAUAAAAGACUGUGAAUCAAUCAUGCUUGGUGAGCUCUCUGCCCUCCAAAACCAAAUGAAGGCUCUUCAACUUAAACAUAUUGUUCUCCUGGACACUUUGAGGCAAUUAGAGACUGAGAAAAUUGAGUUGGAAACAACUGUGGUUGAUGAAACAAAAGAGCGGGACUCUUCUUGUGGGCAAGAUAGAAGAUUCAGUGAUUUCUAUUCCAUCAUGUCUGAGGGAAGUGGAAGUGAUUCCGAUGCCGACAACGAAAGCCAAUAUGGAGUAAACGUGGAAUCAGAUGAAGAAAAUGGAACUUUCUUUGACACAAACGAAUUCAUGUCCUCUGAUGUUUUAAGAUGCGCAUCUUAUCGAAGCAGAGACAAUAAUAAUAAUCAUUGUAUUUCAAAUGAAAGAGACAGAGACACAUUCCCAUCUAAUCGUUUAUUACUACGUGAGGCUGGAACCGAAAUCAGUCUUAUCCAAUACCCUCACAUCAAAAGAAGAGAAAGCCUACCAGAACCAAAAGAAAAAGAGAAACCUGUUGGCUUAUGGUCCAUAAUUAAAGACAACAUCGGAAAGGAUCUUUCCGGUGUUUGUCUCCCUGUUUACUUCAACGAACCCCUCUCUUCAUUACAGAAAUGCUUUGAGGAUUUGGAGUAUUCUUGUUUGGUUGACCGUGCCUUGGAAUGGGGAAAGCAGGGGAAUGAUCUGAUGAGAAUAUUAAGCAUUGCAGCUUUUGCUGUUUCUGGUUAUGCAUCAACAGAAGGUCGACAAUGUAAACCCUUCAACCCUCUUUUGGGAGAGACUUAUGAAGCUGAUUAUCCUGAUAAGGGCCUACGUUUCUUUUCUGAAAAGGUGAGUCACCACCCGAUGAUAGUUGCGUGUCACUGCGAGGGCAGAGGGUGGAAAUUCUGGGCAGAUUCCAAUCUCAAGGGUAAAUUUUGGGGGAGAUCUAUUCAGCUGGAUCCAGUAGGUGUCCUGACUUUACAAUUCGAAGAUGGUGAAACCUUUCAGUGGUCAAAAGUCACCACCUCUAUUUACAAUAUCAUCCUUGGUAAAAUAUACUGUGAUCACUAUGGCACAAUGCGUAUCAAGGGCAGCGGAAAUUACUCCUGUAAACUCAAAUUCAAGGAACAGUCCAUCAUCGACCGAAACCCACACCAAGUUCAUGGAUUUGUGCAUGAUAAUAGAAGUGGGGAAAAGGUGGCGAUGUUGAUGGGGAAGUGGGAUGAGGCGAUGUAUUAUGUGUUGGGGGACCCGACUACGAAACCCAAAGGAUAUGAUCCGAUGAGUGAAGCCGUGUUGUUGUGGGAAAGAGAUAAGUCUGCUACAAAGACGAGAUAUAAUCUGACACCCUUUGCCAUAUCUUUAAACGAGGUGACACCUGGGUUGAGAGAGAGGCUGCCUCCUACCGACUCCAGGCUUAGGCCAGAUCAGCGACACCUGGAGAACGGAGAGUAUGAGCUGGCAAAUGCUGAGAAGCUUAGACUCGAGCAGUUACAAAGACAGGCAAGAAAAGUGCAAGAAAGGGGAUGGAGGCCUCGGUGGUUUUCAAAGGAUGAAGAUGGUUGUUUCCAUUACGUGGGUGGAUACUGGGAGACGAGAGACAAGAAAGAUUGGAAUGGAAUUCCGGAUAUAUUUGGUCAAACCAUAACCACCGACUUGCCUCCGCUUUUUCCGGAACAACAACAAUGAUGGAUGGAUGAUAUGAUUGAUAAAAGGUGAUGUUAUUUUUCAUGUAAUUCCUUCCUAAAAACAACUCUGUUUGAGUGAGUAUAUAUCAUUUCCUAAAAAGAAAUAAUAAAAAAGGGAAAUAGCAUCUCAGUUUAUCAUAUCA